AUGGAACGUCAUGGGGGCACAACAGCACGCCCAUCACUGCCACUCCCAACCCCUGCCAUCCCUGCCAUCCCUGCUGCUGCUGCUGCUGCUGCUGCUGCUGCUGCUGCUGCUGCUGCUGCUGCUGCUACUGUCCCACCUGCGAAUCCUUCAACCCCACCUCCUCCUCCACCACCCCCCUCCCCUUCAACUCCUGUCUUACCCACACGGAGAACCACCACCAUCACCCCUUUCCCCCUCUCCUUCACCCCCUCCUCCCCUUCCAGCACUCCCACCCAACCCCCCUCUCGACGUUUCCUGGUGCUUUCCGCCUGCAAUGUGCUGCCCUGCUGCUGCCCCGGGGCGGAAGGAGCACGCAACCUGGCGUCUGACAGCGUCUAG